AUUAGAAGCCAAAUUAUAAUAAACAGUUGACAGUUCCGUGAAAGGCUUACGAGUUCAUAAAUCAUUUCUGCGAAUUCUCUGGUCGCAUGUGUUUCAAUAAUUGUGUAACAGUUGGAGAUGGAGCAGGAGCCCUUAUGUCAGUAGUGACAGAGGAGAAACAAGUGAAAAAUAAAUAAUAUAAAUAAAUAAUUGCACGUGGCCAUGGUUUUGAAUGAUCAGUUUUGUGUGGAGAAGGCGAAGGCUGUCAUCGAGGCUGGAAUGCAGAGUCCACAUGUCAGGUAUUCCAUACUGAUCCUGGAGGAGGCACUGGGCAGGUAUAACGGAAACGAGAUUAUUCUCAGCUUCAACGGGGGCAAGGACUGCACAGCUGUCCUUCACCUGGCUGCAUCGGUUUUCCUUCUUCGAGGAAUCGAUUCGAUGACGUGUCUCUACGUCACGGGAGAUCCCUUCCCCGAGGUAGAUGAUUUCGUGGAAAAAGCAUCCCAGUAUUACAACUUGAAUGUAAUCCGCAAGAACAAACCCAUAAAAACCGCAUUGACAGCUCUUCUGAACGAGAACAAAACAUUGAAAGCUGGAUUGAUGGGGGUGAGAAGAGGCGACCCGGGCUCGGAGAAGCUCCAGCCGUUCCAGCUUACCGACUCCAACUGGCCUCACCUCACGAGAAUCAGCCCCAUCCUGGACUGGACCUAUCGAAAUGUCUGGGAUUUCCUCUUGGAGCACCAGGUCCCCUACUGCUCUCUCUACGACAGAGGAUACACGAGCCUGGGAGAACGGUCGAAAACUUUUCCCAAUCCUUUGCUGCAAAUUCCCAAUUCACCCUCGAGCUAUCGUCCAGCCUACUCUCUCAUCGACGACUCCACCGAACGGAAUGGAAGAGGAUAACGACAGUUAUUCUCUACUUCACUAGUUAAUUUUGUCGUGAGUGGGGGCAACGAAAUAGAAGAAAUCAAAUUGAAUAUUUUAUUUAUUGACGGAUUUAUCUAGUUUUAUGCACUUCAAUUUCGUUCAUUGGGGAUUUUAUGAGUCUCAUCUGCUCAAGAAUGAAAUCUCUCGUGAUAAUCUCAGUGUUGAUAUCAAAAGAUUUCAUACCAGUGAAAAAUUCUGAUGGAAAUUUAAUGGAAAUAUAUUUUUGGUAUUUAAUGAAUUCUUUGGAAUUGACAAUAAUAGUCUUUGAAAUUUGGCGAACAUUUACUAUGUGAAUAUCAUUGGUUGUGAUUUUGUUUUAUACAGGAGUACGCAACGUUGGUGACAAUGAAAGUUUUUUUUUGA